UGUGACGGGUGAGUCAGACUCCGUAGGUCUUUGUGAUGUGAUUAUUAUUUUAAUCGGUUCGGUUCGUAUCGUAGGCAAAUGUGCUGUUUAUAUAACGUUGAAUUUUUCCUCACUGUAUUACAGAUAUUAUUUGAGACUUGAAACUCUAUUCAGUGCACAUAAUAAUAUACUUAACAAUACAAACCAAUCUAUUACUCUAGGCCUACGUUGAAAUAUUAAACAGGCCUGUUAGGCCUAAUUUUGAGGUUAAGAACGAGCAUAUUAUAUACCUAAAAAUUAAAAACAAACCAGUAAUAUAUAUAAUAAAAAUAAAUUUAUAAAAUGGAUGACUCUGGAAUCAAUCUUUCUAUAGCGUUUGACUUGGCUGAGUACAUAAACGAUGAUGAAGUGAACUUAGACCAGUUCAUUCAGCAAUCGGAGGCAAUUCUUUUCUCCAACUCUUCAAAUCAACCCUAUUAUGAAAUAAAAUCAAAAACAGUGGAUUCUUCUAGUCCACCGACCUUCAAGACCGCAACUCCUACCACCAGAACACAUUCGAAGCAACUGUUGAUGAAAGAGAAAGCGCUUGAAGAAAUUAAACAAGAACAAAAACUCAAAGAGAAACAGAGAUUAGAACAGGAAAGAAGUGAGAAAGAGAGACAAGAAGCGGAAAGUAGAUUACAAGAAAAACAAACAAGGUCUUUCCCCAGAGUUCCUCACAAUGUUGGAGUCCAUUUUGAUGUGCCUUCGCAAGUUUUUAAGGUGAAAUCAGUUCUAGAGAACCCAACACAAUACCAUGUGGUUGAAAAACAAAAGAUGCAAGUGCGGCAAUACCUGCGGGACGAGAUGGCUCAGUUGCGAAGGUCGUCUCUCCCGAUGUCUCAGGCCAGCAGUAUGCCACCUGCACAGACCCCGGCCCCGUCACUACCACUACAUACCAACAGCUUACCUCCGCCUCAGCCCCACACAUACACAGCGGGGCCUCCACUGAGCCCCGACGUCCCCAUGUCUCCUGGACUCAGCUCAGUUGCCACCAGUGUGUCAGAGGCAGAAGACUUGCUUGAUGAACUCAACUUCGGCAGUCUUGGUUCAGAAAAUGUAAAAACUGCUCAGUCUCUCAACCUGCCUUCAGAUAUUGAUGGCAAUUCAGAAAUGUUCCUAGAGCACUUGAUAGCCCUGGGUAGUGCGGGCUCGACCAGUGGCAACAAGACUAGUCUAUCAUGUCCCGCGGACCUAUCCCAGAUCAAGCCCGAACAUCUGUACUCAGAAGCAGAUCUUCAGGCUGUUAAAGACCGCCAAAAGAAAGACAAUCAUAAUAUGAUUGAAAGAAGAAGAAGGUUUAACAUUAACGACAGAAUAAAAGAACUGAGUACUCUCUUACCAAAAAGCAAUGACCCAUUCUUUGAUGACUUUGUGGGAGAUUUAAAUGGAAAACAUUUUGAGAUCGUACGAGAUGUGAGACAGAACAAAGGGACGAUUUUGAAAAUGUCAGUAGCUUAUAUAAAAACACUACAGAAUGACCUACAAAAAACACGAAAAGUUGGUGAAGAACUCGCCUCACAAAACAGAGCUUUGAUUCUUAAAGUUCAGCAACUAGAGCAACAUUUGGCCAAAGUGAACAGUCUAGAGAGCAACGAACUGUCGUGGCACUCAAACCACAGCAAUGCCCUCAACAGCUACGCUAAACACGCUCCCAUGCUCAACCCACCAAUGACCAGUGUGGAGAGUGCUAGCAUCGGAGAGGGUUCUCCUCUGAGUCUCAGUGAUGAUCUCAUGGAUGAUGAUCAUCCAGUGACAGGAGAUCCGAUGUUGUCUUCCCCCCACCACCUACCUCCGUCUCCGUCGCCGCCACCUGACACUUCCCAUCUGGCCCACUUAGACGACAUGGAUAUCGGACUGUGACCUCCGUGUUUCCUUCGUUGGUCUUGUAAAUUACUGUUAUCGUUUAAUAGUCUAUUUUUUUUUAUCAGAGUAUUGUUGUUGCAAACGGUGAUAAAGGUUGGACUAAAAAAUUUGUACUGUUAUGUUUUUGUAACUGAUUAGAUUGUUUUUGAUGAUCGCUGAUCAUUGUUGUUACUGGUCACUUAUUUUGUUUAUUUAUUUUAUUGUAUGUUGAGUUUUGACAUUUUAUUCACUAUUUAUCAGAUGAAAACUGCGAUCGGCUUAGGAAUCAUUCCAUUCAAAAUUGAUAAAACACCAAAAGUGUAUUGAAAAGUUUUUUCUAGUUGUAUGUAUUAGAAUUUGUAAGUUGUGUAAGCAUGUAUAUAGUAGUACAUAAUAUAGGAAAUCAAAUACAUUCUCAGAAUAAAACUGUUCUAUAUUUUCUCA